CAUUUUUACUUUUCACCUCUCCCUCAAAAUUCAUUGCAAGCAAGAAAGAAUGCAAAUCAGACAGACAUUGUCCAACUUCAAAACAACCAAGGAAAUGGUCACAACCCCCAAGCCACAGACUAUGAGGUGUAUAAGCCAAAUACUGUGAAAUCUGAAAGAAAACCACCCAGAAACUGGAAGUAAACCUAUACCUCCUCAAACUCUAACAGCAAAAAAUAAUUUCACAAGAAUAAAUGUCACAGUACUCAGAGGCUUAAGUGUAAGGAUGUGGAAUCUAAGGAUUUCCACCCCCCAGAAAUUGAGGAAAUGUCCCCAUGGAGCCCCAGAUAUGGGCAAAAGAAAUGGCUGAACAAAUCCGAAUGCAGAAAUAUCAACAGGACCCACUGUGAUCUCUCUGCUGAAACUUCUGACUAUGAACAUCAAUAUUAUGCCAAAGUUAAGGCCAUUUGGGGAUCGGAUUGUUCCAAAUGGGCAGAAACUGGACGAUUCUAUCCUUUAUUAGAAACACAAAUUGGCCCACCAGGCGUUACUUUGACUCCUGGUGAGAAAUCCAUUUCUGUGGUUCUGACGGCUCCAGAGAAGUGGAAGAAAAAUUCAGAAGAAAGUUCCAUUUCCAUGCAACAAAUAUACUCGAAUCUGAAGUAUAAUGUGUCCAUCUAUAAUACUAAAUCAAACAGAACGUGGUCUCAAUGUGUGACCAACCACACGCUGGUGCUCAGCUGGCUAGAGCCGGACACUCUGUACUGCAUCCACGUGGGGUCCUUCGUCCGGGGGCCUCCUCGCCGUGCUCAGCCUUCUGAGAAGCAGUGUGUCAGUACUUUGAAAGAUCAAACAUCAGCAUUGAAAAUUAAAAUCAUCUUCUGGUAUGUUUUGCCCAUAUCUGUUACCCUGUUUAUCUUUUCUGUGAUGGGCUUCUCUGCGUACAGAUAUAUCCAUGUUGGCAAAGAGAAACACCCGGCAAAUCUGAUUUUGAUUUAUAGAAAUGAACUUGACAAAGGAUUCUUUGUACCUGCGGAACAAAUUGUGAUUACCUUUAUCACACUCAAUAUUUUGGAGGAUUCUAAAUUUUCUCAUAAGGAUAUAAGUGUCGUGGAAAAAAGCAAUGAUGUAUGGGAUCUGCAUGAGCCCAGCAAGGACCAAGAGCCCCAUCAGGAGGAAAUGGAGGUGAUGCACUUAGGGUAUGCUUCCCAUUCGAUGGACAUUGUCGAUGACACUGAGGAAAGCUCCAAAGGGACUUCCCUGACCCAACAAGAGUCACUCGGCAGAACAAUACCCACAGAUAAAAUAGUCAUUGAGUAUGAAUAUAAUGUGAGAACUACUGACCUUUUUGUGGGGCCUGGAGAUCAAGAGCUCAGUUUGCAGGAGGAGAUGUUCCUACAAGGAAAAUUAUUUGAGCCACAGGCAGCUUUGGCUGACUGGGGCCCACAAACACUACUGUAUUCAUAUACCCCUCAACUCAGAGACUUGCACCACCUGCCAGAGGAGCAUGUGGACACAGAAGAGGAGCCAGAAGAAGAGCCAUCGACCACACUGGUCGAUUGGGACCCUCGGACUGGCAGGCUGUGUAUACCUUCCUUAUUUGGCUUUGAACAUGAGUCAGAAGGGUGUGAACAUCCUGAGUACAAGGAGCUCACAGAUGAGGGCCUUUUGUCUAGAAUUUAUGAGGAGCAGGCUCCUGACAAGCCACUUGAAGAAGAUGCAACCUAUCUGACGCAAUUUUUGGAGGAGUGGGGAUUGUAUGUACAAAUGGAAAACUAACACCCACACCUCCCUCUCUGCCUGACCCCUACUGUUACAAGGCACAUGAGUGCAAACAUCCGAGUGCCCAAACAAUAAAGUAUCUGGGAUAAAA